AGUUGGCGUCCGCCAGCACCAGCCCGCUGGUCUUGGCCCCUGAGUCCGCGUCUGGCCCCAAGGGCCUGGGUACCGCGCCAGGUCGCCUCCCGCUGUCGCUUGGGGCGGCCUAGGGACCCCGCCUGCGCCCCCGGCGCCAGACCAUGGUGGGCAGCUCCGAUCCGGAGCCGCAGCCGCCGCGAGCCUACGUCGCCCUCAGCCAACCCCCGCCCCACCCGAGCAGACUCGCGGGUGUUCGCAGCGCGCUGGUCACUUCCUUCCUCGGCCGGGAUGGGCGGCGCGGGACUGAGUGAUCGGCCUCGCGUCCGGCGGGUAAUCCCCAUCUGAUCUGCUGCCUGAGAGCUGCUGACUGCCAGGGCGCGCAAGCCUAGGGGGUCCGAGCAGCGCGGCGAUGACCUGAUCUCGAGCCCGCCAGGGCGCCCCCUCCUUCCCUCCCUCCCUCGCUCCCUCUGAGCCUGUGCGGAGACCUGCUCGGUGCCGCGGCCCCGGGCGGACCAUGGCGGGGAGCUCCAGUUAAAGGCGUGUGGGCGCCGAGCUGGAGAGGACACCUUCGGCAUCGCUGCCUUUUGAGGGGGCUUAUUUAAACUACUGAGUCAUUCCAGAUUUAGGAUUCCCUAAAUAAUCACCAACUGUGCCCGUCUCGUGCCGGAAAGCAAGCGGAAAGAGAAAGAGCGCCCGCUCUUGGGACCCCGCGGAUCGCCUCUCGUGGGUUGCUCCCCAAGGGUGCUUGGCCCUCGAGGAUCUCCCUUCCUCCCCCCGCCCCCUUCGCCUCCCGCUCUCUUUGCAGUGCUGCUGGAGGAGAGUCGCGCUCACCGCAGCUGGAAACAGCUGCCCCCGCCCCGCGCCCCUAUCCAGACUCCGGCAAACCGCUCCCACUUCGCGCCUCUCAGAAUUCCAGAACUCGGGCGGCCGGCCCCUGGAGAACCGCAGCCGGUGCAAUGCAUUCCGUAGACCUCACCAAGCCGGGACGGACCUCCUAAUCUCCAGAACUGCGGGCCGCAGGGAGUUAAAUUGCUGCCUUCCUCUCCUUCUCUCUUGCGGUUGGUGGCUUGUUUUCUAAAGGAACGUUUUAUCCACUUUUUAGUAUUUUCUACCGGGGGCACCGUACCCUCCUCGGUCCAGACGCUGCUUUGUAAACGCGUUUUCUAUGUAUGUAUGUGUAGAUAUACUUUGGACACCUUACGAUGCUUGCGCCUCUCCAACAGGGGCACGGCUUGUGAUUUCGGACAUCCUUUAGCCCUUUCCAUUUGGCACCCUGAACGCAGUGUGACCAAACUCACUACUACCCCUUGGAAGUGGAUCGCCUUGGGGUGCAAGUUUGGGGUGCACACCUACUUCGCAGGAGGGCCUGGGACCGCCCCGCCCCCGCCGCCAGCGGUUGGGGAAGUUUACAUCUGGAUCUUCACACAUUUUGUUGCCACUGCCCAGACUCUGACUAACCUUGUGGGCGCAGGGUUUUCUGUACUGCAGCCUCCUCAAAUAUUAGCACUGCCUCCCCGCUCCUGCCCUAUCCCUCCUUGCCGCCGAGGUCCUGCCCUCGACCCGGCGGAGCGCGAUUCGGAGGGCGCCGUGGAGCCUAGGGCCCGGGGCCCGCGCUGAGCUGCUAUGGCUGCGGCGAUAGCCAGUUCCUUGAUCCGGCAGAAGCGGCAGGCGAGGGAGUCGAACAGCGACCGGGUGUCGGCCUCCAAGCGCCGUUCCAGCCCUAGCAAAGACGGGCGCUCCCUGUGCGAGAGGCACGUCCUCGGGGUGUUCAGCAAAGUGCGCUUCUGCAGCGGCCGCAAGAGGCCCGUGAGGCGGAGACCAGAACCCCAGCUGAAAGGAAUUGUGACAAGGUUAUUCAGCCAGCAGGGAUAUUUCCUGCAGAUGCACCCAGAUGGUACCAUUGACGGGACCAAGGACGAAAACAGUGACUACACCCUCUUCAAUCUAAUUCCUGUGGGCCUGCGCGUGGUGGCCAUCCAAGGGGUGAAAGCCAGCCUCUAUGUGGCCAUGAAUGGCGAAGGCUAUCUCUACAGCUCAGAUGUUUUUACCCCAGAAUGCAAAUUUAAGGAAUCUGUCUUUGAAAACUACUAUGUGAUUUAUUCUUCCACACUGUAUCGCCAGCAAGAAUCGGGCCGAGCAUGGUUUCUGGGACUCAAUAAAGAAGGUCAAAUUAUGAAGGGAAACAGAGUGAAGAAAACCAAGCCCUCUUCACAUUUUGUACCAAAACCUAUUGAAGUGUGUAUGUACAGAGAACCAUCACUACACGAAAUUGGAGAAAAACAAGGACGUUCGAGGAAAAGUUCUGGAACACCAACCAUGAAUGGAGGCAAAGUCGUGAAUCAAGAUUCAACAUAGCUGAGAACUCUUCCCUUCUUCCCUCUCUUAUCCCUUCCCUUACUCUUUCCUUCCCUUUCCCCAUGUCCUUCCAAUAAUCCACCCAAGGAGAGAAAAAUAAAAUGGCAAUGCAGGACCUAGUAGCUAAGAUUCUGCACUCAAAAUCUUCCUUUGUGUAAAAUGAGAAAAGUGAACCAAAGCUUGCCUGUUGCAAUGUGGUAGAAAAUUCACAUGCACAAAGAUUAGCAUACAUAAAAGCAAAGGAAAAAUAAAUCAGGACUCCACAAACAUCAAACUGUGUUGUUCUUAAUAGAGGGCUACUUCAUAAAUAACUACAAUAAAGAUGAAAAGAAGUUACCUAGAAGGAAAGGGUUUUUCAGAACUGAACUCACAAACUGAUCUUAGAUUCUAAAUGGCUUAAACUUUUGAUAAUGCUGUGAUAUGUGGUUUUGUUUGUUGUUGGGUUUUUUUGUUUGUUUGUUUUGGACAUCUAGAAUUGACACACAAUUACAUACUUUCUCUAAGAUUUUUUUUAGCCAUGAAUUGAACAUGUAAAUUAUACUUUUUUUUAAUGCCUGUAAGGUGUAUAGCCAGGAAUUAUUUAACAUCAAGGAAAAUUUCAAAAAAUUACUCUUGAACCUAUUAAGAUUGUUUUUUUUGGCAAAAGAUUAAUCUUGUAUUGAAUCUAAUGGUAUUAGUUGACUUAUAAAUUCCUUUAUAAACAAGAGUUUCAAAUACUCUUAAGAGAAUAUAUUUUUAUCAAAGUUAUUAAUACAAGAUAUUAUUUUAUAUUUUAGUCAUUUAGAAAACAUUCUUUUCCUAAUACUUUUACAUUUGUUCUUAUUUUUUUGCAUUUUGGACACUUUUGAGAGUAGAGGUACAUGUCUAGUUGUCUUAGAGAGUUUUGUACCAUAUCUUGCAGCAGGAAAGAGAGAUGGGUUUCACAUAAAGAAAUAAGUCCAAGGAAAUGGGUCAGUGUAUUUCCCCUUUGUACUUUGUUGAAGUUUUAUGUAUAUAGCAUUUUCCAAACUGUAUGAGAAAAUGGGAGGCAAGGCUUUGAAUUCGUAGCUUACCGUCUUAUGAACCUGGUGGACUGUUUGUUGAUAUAUAUCCUCAUUUAUAAGUCCAGUUGACAAUAAAUCUGUAGCUUAGAAGACAGAGGGUACUAUUUGUACACUGAAUUUUCAGGUGACAUGGAGAAACAGUUAUGGAAUUAGCAGCUAUGGCUCCAAGGGACUGAACUGGGAGUGGCUUAAAGGAAUGAAAAAGAACUCAGUGUAAGAGCAAGCAAACACACAGUUAGAAAAAUUAAAGUAUUAGACAAAAAUAUUAGCCAAGAAAUGAAAGUUGUACAAUUGCAUUGGAAUAAAUAGUUCUACUUAGCCCUACAAAUCAGAAAUGAUGUAGAGACAACCAAAUUUCAACAAAAAUAAAACAAAACAGAAUGUUUAAAAAUGUAUGCAGAUUUAUGGAUAUUAUUAAUGAGAAGACUUAGCAUGUAACUUCUCCUAUAUCUCUACUGUCCAGCAUGUCUUGUUCUAAAUAUGACUCCCUAAAAUGUAUACACUUUGCAGCUCUAGGUCCUCACUUCCAACCUUGCCAUUGAUUGCUGUAUUCUUUCAAGGUCAAUGUAGUUUCCCUCACUCCACAUGGUCAUUAUUCUUCAAUAGUGGUUCUUGUCCUUCACCAAGUAUCCUAUUUAUGUUAUCAGGAAGUUACCAGAAAAAAAAAAUGGAGGAAUUUGCCUAAUCAAUUGGAAAGAAUAAACAUUAUGCUACUAGGCAAGGAUUUUGAAUACACAUUUUCAAAGGAUAUUUGUUUAAUCAAAAUAUUUUGAAAGUAACAAAUAAGUGCAUUUAAUUUUUAGAAAAAAAUGAUAUGUCACUCUUCUAGGAAAAAAAUACCCUGUUUUUUUAAAAAAUGCAAAUCCUGGUAUAUCUUCUUCGUCACUCUUGGUUCAACAUAAGACCCCUGUCACUUCCAGGACCAAACAAAUCCCAAGCACAAAGCUUUAUUUUCUUUGAAAAAAUAAAAAAGAGGCUUCGAUGAAAUGGUUCACAAGCUCUUUUAGCAUGAAACGGCCGGAGCUUCUGUAGUAACGCACAUGGUCUCAUCAGUAACACAUGCAAUGGUUUCACAAGUAACACAAAAGACAGAAGUCACAAUUACUUACACUGGUGAUUUCAUGAAAAUAUAUUUAAUACAGUUAAUUAUGAAAAUUAUGACAGAAAUAGGAAUCUCCAGCAACAUUCCUUUCUCUGCUUACAGUGACUACCCAUUAUUUGUCAUGCAGACCCACAUCUGUCUCUUUCAUGAGACCAGUUAAGAAGCAGAGUUCCAACCACCCAAUCUGAGUAUUGUAUUUCCUCCAUAUCAUAUUAAGCAUAUGUUCACUGCAAUGAAAUGUUCUUGAAAUUAGUUUUGCUGAUUUUCAACUAAUUUCUUUUACAGAAUAAACCCGAGAAAAAUGAUGGUUCAGAGCUCAGGGUAAAGGUUUACUUGACUGCUGCUUUUUUAACAGUACAUUAAAACCUAUUGCAGUCAUUAUUCACUAAGUUUUGAAAUUAUUAUGAAAUAUAAAACUAUAAUUGUCUUUUUCUUUCAAAAAAUGAGUCAGUUUUAAUACUUUGUUUUUCCAUUUUAUUCCAAAUAUACUUAUUAAUUACUUUGACUUUUCAUUGUUCUAAUUUUUGGGUCUUUAACUCAUCUAUCUUCUCCUUCAAGUGGAAAAAGUUUUUAGAAAAAUGCCCUGGGAGAUUCCCAGAAAAAGUAUGGCUUUUAGUAAAGCUUUGAAAUUGUGUAUGUAAGAUAUAAAUUAAGACAUGGUUACUGUAAAUUCUUACUGUAAUAUGUUUCAAAAUCAAUAGACUUGAGAAUGAAAACAAAACUUUUGAGAGUCUUACAAAACAUCUUUCUGAUUAAUAUAUGUAACGAUUUUAAAAUUAAGUUCAAAGUAUAGAAAUAAGUCAUUCUGAAGUUCCAUUUGGUAGUUUUAAGAUUUUUGUGCUCCAGAAAACUGGAAGACCCCCAAGCCAUCCUAUUCUUGAUCAUAGUAAUAAUUUUGGUUUUGAUUAUACAUAUGAAAGUCAUAGAACAUUUUUAAGCCAUUAUGGAUUGGCACAAUAAAGAGACAUCAAUGUAAUGUAAUGUGAUUCAUUUUUUUUUAAAUAUUUUUUAGUUGUAGAUGGACACAAUACCUUUAUUUACUUAUUUAUAUGGUGCUGAGGAUCGAACCCAGUGCCUCACAUAUGCUAGGUGAGCGCUCUACCACUGAGCUACAACCCCAGCCUCUGUAAUGUGAUUAUUUAUAGGCUUCAUAUCAAUCUAGAAAACUUCUUUAGAAGAACUCUUCUUUUUAAGAAAAUGACAACUCAGUAACUAGUAUUGUUUCUAAAUUGGCGAUCUUGGGGUGCCAUUAUGGGGAGAUGAGAGUAUUAAGACAAGAGUAAAGGAUAAAGAAUGAAUGGAUUGUUAUUCAUUGAAAAGUUUGGAGAUUAUAGUUUGGGACUACUGGUUUCUUGGUGAAGAAGACUGGCAACAUCAUCAAUCUUUUUUUUUUUUUAAACAUAGACCCAGAAAUAGCAUAUCUAUUCUUCCACCCUGUUGGCUUACUCUACAAGGCCUUGCACUUGGGAAAGUUUUUCAUGAUGUUGCUUACUUUCAUCUGCAAAAGAUAAGACCCAGUCAAAUAUAAAAAUUCCCUGCUCAUUUUAAUACCAUUAAGGCAGAGGUUAUUUCUCUGUCAUAAAAUUGUAAAUAGCAUUUUUUAAGUCAGAAUCGCCUUUAAAACAGUGGAUUGUUUGACAAAUAGAUAUGUGUAUAUAUACAAAUGCUGAAAUGAGGAUAUAUUAUAUAGAGUUUUUAUUUGAUUUGUGGUCUUUAGUCAUAGUUAAUCAAAAAUAAAGAGAUUUGAAUGCAAAACUUUAUAUAUAAAUGUAUAUUUCUAAUAAUAGUACAAAUUGCCACUUUAUAUUUAAAAAAAGAAAGAGGUGGGAACAAUAAUCAAAGCACAUACUCCUUCAGAACUUCAAUGAUUUUUAAUUCUCUCUUUGAUGCAGAGGUAAUUUUUUUACUUCUAAAAAGUGAUCUUGAAAAGCUAUACUUAAUAAUAUGAGACUUCCCAAUAUCAUACUUCCCAGUAUAUCCCAGGACAAGUUGUCUUACUUGAAAAUUUAUGAAAAUUUUAUAGAUUGAAAAUUUAUGCUUGAGGGACAGGGAAAGGAUGAUAAAUACUGAUCUUUAAUAGAUUAUUUUUUCCAAAAUCCAAGUUAAAAAUUCAGUAUCUAUAUUCAAAACAAGUGAAAAUUGCAGAUGUUUAAGAAUUAUAAUAUUGAGCUUCAAUAACAUACAGAGGCAAACUAAGAUAUUUAACAUUAUGAUGAUAGCAUUAAAAUAAUGUUAUAAUAAACACUGCACCAUUAAAUUUUUUAUUAGUUGGAAAAAAUGAGCUGAUGCUUCUUUGUCUUUGCUCCAAGCACAAUUUAAGGAAAGUGUCAUCCAUUUUACUCAAAAGUUGAUGAGAAAGUCCAAAAUAUAUUCCCAAGACCAAAAAGAGUAUUAGCUCCAUCUCAAGGUUAAAUGUUAAAAUCUUAAGAAACUCGACACUGAGAUGUUUAAUAAACAUGUUAUAUGAGAAACUAAGCAAAUUGAUGAUUCAUUUUUUCGUUAAAACACAGAUUAUUCAAAUCAUUGUUUUUUGAGACCAGAUUUGUAAAAUGUUUAUACAUCACAAGUUUCCUUGAAGUGAAAAGAAAUUAAAAUCUUGAGAUACUCAUGCAUGUAGACAAAAUACUGGCAACAUUUUUUUUAACAUUAAACUUCUUUGAGAAGUC